UAUUCGGCGACCAAACAGAUGCCACCUCCUAGUCUCAGUCACCACACCUACCUGACCUCUAUCUCUCUCUCUCUCUCUCUCUCUCAGAUUCACCAUUUCUCACAUCCCACAGCAAAUCCCAACUCCAAUCCCUAAAAAUUGAUCAUGUGCUCAUCUUGCUCAUGCCCUCCCUCCUCUCUCUUCCUCCCAACCUACUCUUCCUUCCUUCUACGACGUCGUUCUCUCUCCCCAACCCUAAUUCUCUACAAACCUCGAUCCCAAACACUCGGGCCUCGCCUCUCUGCUUCAUUAUCCCACCAAAGCCUCGACCUUUCAUGGUUUCCUCCGGACCCUGAUAACUACGGCGGUUGGGGUCCCGUCGAAACUCCGAUUUACCGCAAAAACCAAGGGUUGCCUACAUUUGUGAUCAGAGGUAUUGGGGCUUCAGUGGCGGUUGCAGUGGCUGCCAUUGCUUACUUCUCGCUAACCCGAAAAGGUUUUAAGUUUCAGAUUACUAGUCCGUUGCAUGUUCUUCACGGGAUAUUAAGUCCGGCUGAUACUAAAGCCACAAAAAAUGGAGCAUUGGAUGAGGAUGGACCGGUCUCUGAGACAAGGACCGAGACUAUACCUGUUGCCGAUAGGAAAAGUGUUGCUUCAGCAUCUGCAGUGAAGCGUGAUAGGAUUUUAAUCCCGGUUGCUUUGGAUUCUACUCAACAGGAAGCUUUGACAGUUUUGAAGAAACUGAAGAUCAUUGAAGAUGAUGUCAAGGCUGAUGAAUUGUGUACUAGAAGGGAGUAUGCUAGAUGGCUGGUUCGAAUAAACUCAUCAUUGGAAAGGAAUGCAAAGCACCGACUUAUCCCAUCAGUUUCACUUGCUGGCUCCCAAGUUGCUGCAUUUGAUGAUGUGAGUAUUGAGGACCCUGAUUUUGGAUCCAUCCAAGCCCUGGCGGAGGCUGGUGUCAUUCCCAGCAAAUUAUCACCGAAGAGCUCCCAUGGAAACAACUAUUUCUUCCCCGAGAGGUUUGUCUCUCGACAGGAUCUGAUUGACUGGAAAGCGCAUUUAGAGUAUGACUUUUCUCCAGGAAUAAUUGAUCAGAUAUCAACAACAAUAUUAGGUUUUAUGGAUGUGAAAGAGAUCAGUCCAGAUGCUUCAGCGAGACUAUAUACUGACAUGUUGGCCGGGGAAAAAAGCAUACUCCGAAAAGUCUUUGGACAGUGCAAGCGAUUGCAACCAAACAAGCCUUCAACAAAAGCACAAGCAGCAGUGGCACUAACAAGUGGCAGGAUCUCAGAAUCAAUUUCUGCUGAACUUAUGAGACUGAAGGCUGAAUGUUCUAUGAGGAAGGCAGAGAUGGAGGUCAUCAGGUCCGAGUUACUGGACAGAGGAGACAUACAGAAGUUUUGGGAUGAGAAACUAAAUGCAGAGAAAACCCAUGGUCAUGAGGUGGAGAAGUCUUAUCAUGCUGCCCUUAGUAAUUUGGAAGAGGAGAAAAUUGUUCAAGAAAAGUAUUCUGCCAAGCUUUUAAAGGAGAAGGCAGCUAUGGACUGUCAAAGACAAUUACUUCUCAGUCUCAAGGAAGAGGUCAAUGAGAUGUCAGAAAAGCUUGCAUCUGAGAGGAGUACUUAUGUGGCUGAGAAGUGCAGUAUGCAGGAUGUGCUGAGUGAUUUAGAGACCAAGCGGGAAAGUAUGCUUGAUCAGAAAUCAAUACUUGAAGCUGAGAUAGAAGCCGUCCGAAUUCUUAAAUCUUGGAUAGAGGAUGAAGCUAGAAAGAGCCAAGCCCGUGCCAAGGUACUGGAGGAGGUAGGACGAAGGUGGAAAUGGGAUAAUCAAGCUUGACCAUCCUCGCUCCUAAACUCGUACAGAGAAUCAUAUCAUGAUGUUGUAUGAAUUCAUGACUGGAGAAUCUCUCUUAUGGAGUUUCCCACUGUUUUGAUGUGUAUGUACUCGAGGGUUCCUUGUAUAACAUCCGAACGCCUGAUGUGAUUUUGAUUCCGGGAUGAGGAAUUGAUAAACUUUUUGCCGCACAUCAAAGCUAUCUUACACUUGUUAUGACAUUGAUGUAGCAAAACCGAAUAGAUAUGUUUUGUGUUGUGGUCGAGGGAGCAAGGAAUCCAGUGCAA